UUUUCGCAAUAACAAACCGCAGCAAUAGCGGCUUAUCAAUUAGUAAUUUACACCAACUUUUGCAUAAAAUUGUAAACAAAAGGUACAAAAUCUUAACAAAAAAUGUCUUCAUUGGGCGAUUCUGUUGGUUAUUUAAUUUUUGGCAAUCCAAUUAGCCAAGCGUUGCUAUCGACUGCAGCGGGUGUGAUUAAAAGCACAGAAGCGCUUUUGCCACGCAAAUUGCCGGCACCGAAGGCAAAUAUAUCCGCACCACCACCACCGCCUGUGCGUUUACCAUUAUGGGAGCUGGCUGGCAGGCAGUACAAUUUCGUGCGACUCGCGGGUUUAAGUGGUGCAAGUGCUGUGAUUAUGGGCGCCUACGGCAAGCAUAUUUUUGCAAAAUUUCCCAAUUCAGAAGACAAAACAGAGGCUAGGACAGUUUUCGAAACCGCGAAUCGUUUCCAUUUUCUACAUUCAUUCGCGCUUUUAGCGAUGCCUCUGGUGCGCAAACCUUUGUUGACCGGCUCCUUGAUGGCCGUGGGUACUUUACUGUUUAGCGGUGUUCUCUACUAUCGCGCCUUGACUGGCGAUAGAACUUACAUACCGAUGGCAACAUGUGGUGGCUUUUGCCUUAUCACCGCUUGGCUCACGCUGAUCUUUUAAGGCUGCGUGUUAUUUAUGGACACCAUUAACUUACUGUCUUUUCAAUUCAUAUGGAUAUUGCAUAUCACUUUGGCAUACAUAUAUUGUUAAGAUUUUGAUUCUAUAAUUUAUUAUUUAGUUUAUUGAAAAUCUCUUAAAUGAAAUCGCGUUAAUGUUAUUAUUAUUAAUAUAUUUAUUGAAGCAAGAAUUUUGCUUCGCCCACAAUAGUAUGGAUACAUGGCGUAAUACAUUUAUUUAGGUAUUUAUUUAUUAUUAUUUUUAAUCUUUGAGAUUGUUAUUUUUGAAUUAAUUCUUGCUGCCUACAAUUUAAUUUCCAAUUUGAAGUAAGUAAAUUAUAUAAAUGCGUUUUGCAUUUUGUAAAUAUUUAUUAUAGCGUUAUAUAUGUAUGUACAUAUGUAUGCAUCUAUAUAUGUAUAUCUAACGUUAACAACUAGUACUGGUAAAAUCAGCGUUUACUGGAAGAAUCGAUGUCGUUAAUAGUUAUAAAUUAUUAUUAUUAUAGCAAUGUAUGAUUUUUAAAUGCAUACUCAAAACUACAUAUUGUACAA